AUGCUUAGAAUCGCCCGAGUGUCACACAAUGCUGUCAAGAUGGCCUCUUCGCGGGGAAUCCACUUCUCAUCCGAUGGAUUCAUCAAAAUGAAGGACCAAAAGCACAUCCUCAAGGUUAUGAACAGCCCGGAAAACCAAUGGUCCACAGAUGAACUUCUGUCGCAUUCAGACCACUCUUCUGACGAAAUCACCUCAGAGACCCUCCAGAAGGUCUCAAAAAAGCUGGCACCCAUCUUCAAGAGUGCUGCACUGCCAAUGCCUGAUUCCGAUGAGACCAUGUUUUCUCUCAUCAAGACUCUCCGAACUCAGGUAAACCUGGUCUCUCAUAUUCACGACAUUGAUGUCAGCGGAGUGGCUCCAUUGACCUGCCUUACUCCCAUCAAGGACUUUACAUACGAGCAGCUCACAGCUGAGGACUCUGGAGAGCCUGGUCCCGAGGUUCUAUGGGAUGCUCUGAGUUGUGCCGAGAAGAAGGACGGCCGAUUCUUCGUUGUCAGCCGUGAUAUUAAGCAGGAGGAGCCCACCCAAUGA